CUCCGGAGACUGGAUUUCAGUUACCGAGUCUGGAGAGCGGCUCUGGGCGGCGCACUGCGCAGGCGCGAGCGUUUGGGUCUCGCCGCGCGCGGCGCUCGGUUGUAGCGGGAGUGAGUUCCUGGGCGCGGAGACCCGGCAGCGGGUGACGGAGCGAGGGGGUGACCGACCGCCUCCCCUACCGCCAUGGCAGCCCUGCGCUACGCGGGCCUGGACGACACGGACAGCGAGGACGAGCUGCCCCCGGGCUGGGAGCAGAGAACCACCAAGGACGGCUGGGUUUACUAUGCCAAUCACACUGAAGAGAAGACCCAGUGGGAACACCCGAAAACCGGAAAAAGAAAACGAAUAGCGGGAGACUUGCCGUAUGGAUGGGAGCAAGAGACCGAUGAGAACGGACAAGUUUUUUUUGUCGACCAUAUAAAUAAAAGAACCACCUAUUUGGACCCAAGACUGGCGUUCACUGUGGAUGAUAAUCCUACAAAGCCGACCAGCAGACAGAGAUACGACAGCAGCACCACCGCCAUGGAGAUACUCCAGGGCCGGGAUUUCACUGGCCAAGUGGUUGUGGUCACCGGAGCCAAUUCAGGCAUAGGGUUUGAAACUGCCAAGUCUUUUGCCCUCCAUGGUGCACACGUGAUCCUCGCCUGUAGGAAUAUGACAAGGGCCAAUGAAGCUGUGUCACGCAUUUUAGGAGAAUGGCACAAAGCCAAGGUAGAAGCAAUGACCCUGGACCUCGCUCUGCUCCGUAGCGUGCAGCAUUUUGCUCAAGCGUUCAAGGCCAAGAAUGUAUCCCUUCAUGUGCUUGUGUGCAAUGCGGGGGCUUUUGCUCUCCCCUGGAGCCUCACCAAAGACGGCCUGGAGACCACCUUCCAGGUGAAUCACCUGGGACACUUCUACCUUGUCCAACUCCUUCAAGAUGUCUUGUGCCGCUCAGCUCCUGCCCGAGUAGUUGUGGUCUCCUCAGAAUCCCAUAGAUUCACAGAUAUUAAUGAUUCCUCGGGCAAACUGGACUUCAGCCGCCUUUCUCCAUCUAAAAAUGACUACUGGGCCAUGCUGGCUUACAACCGGUCUAAGCUGUGCAACAUUCUCUUCUCCAACGAGCUCCACCGCCGCCUGUCCCCGCGUGGGGUGACGUCGAACGCCGUGCACCCUGGAAACAUGUUGUAUUCGUCCAUUCAUCGUAACUGGUGGGUGUACACGCUGCUGUUUACGUUGGCCAGGCCUUUCACCAAGUCCAUGGUAAGUGAAUGGCUUCUGUCGCCGCCACAGACACCUUCAGUGCGCUCUUAAUGGACACACGUGUGUUCUUCAGCUUCUCUCCUCCGGUAGUGCCGAGUCUGGUCUUGACAGCCACGUCCUUGGGCCCGUUAAAGCCAUCAGUCAGGGCUCUCGAACACAUUUCAGUUGACUUAGAUUAUAGCUGUUUCUCUCAAGGCGUCUUGGAGGGCUGGAUAGAAACGUGGUUUUUCCAGUAUUGCGUUAAGGAUGGCUUGAAGUCUUGGUGGAGAUGCUUUGCUUUCUUUUGAUGCUGUUUUUUUUUUUUUUUUUAAUUGCUGUUACUCAGAAGGCAUAGUACUUGAAAACCGUGUUUUGUGUCAGUAGGUGAAAAACAUGGGUUGGUGACUGUUGAAUUAUCAGCCGAAGUGAUUCCUUUGUUUCAGUUGGGAAUCUAUAUUUGAUGUUCUAAAUUCUUCUUUUAAUGGAUGUGAACCUCACCUGGAAAACUUUUUGUCGGUCCCAAGUGCCUUUUAUUCUUUACUUCCCCAAAGGUGAGUCCUUUUCGAUGAAUCACACUUUUGUGGUUAGAUUCGGAAGCAUUCACAAAGGUAAAUAGGAAGUUUUUGCAUUCUCGAUGGUCGUAUAACCUCCGUAUCUAGAAACUUCUUCCAUGAAAACGUUUUAAUAGGAAGUCUUUUAAAUGAGCAAUGCAGAUUUUACACAGUAUAUUUGGUAUGGUGUUUUUUUCCUAAACCACGGGCCUUUAAAAACGCUUGAAAUUAGUGCAUGCAAAUACUAUUCCAGUUAACCGACUUAACCUCUAAUCCUCAGAAAGGUCCAAACACGUUUUGGCUUCUGAGAGUAUCACAAGGUGAAUUCGUUAUCCUGGGAAAAUGAUCGUGUGGCCUCUGAAUAGUCUGCCUUCUUCUGCAGCAGCCAUUCCCACUUAACCGUGGGUCAGAUACCUAACCACUCUGAGCCUGAUUACUCACACUUAAAAUGGCAAUACGGGUUGUUGUGGGGAUUGACCCUAAUGGGUGUGACAUUUAUAACAUUGGGUUUGGAAUUUCUGUGGUGACUUUCAUCUGACUGUGCACUGUGGUAGCCACCUGCCAUGUGUGGCUCUGGAGCCCUUGCAAAGUGGCUAAAUACAACCGAGAGGCUGAAUUUGUCAUUGGAUUUUACCUUAAUUGAUUUAGGUUUACAUAGCUGCAAGAUUGGAAAGCACGGUUAAAUAAUGUGCCUAGAUAGCAGGCAUGUAGUAUUCCUGCUAUGAUGGUUGUUGUUAUUGUUUAUAUUACCUCUGGAGAGGAUUAUUUUCCGAAGUGUCAUUGUUUGUGUUGCAUAUAAAGAUUACAGAACUAAAGGAGUCCGUAGACCGGAGUCUGCUGGACGAAGUUGGGUGGACCUCUGUCUCUGUCCCUAGGGGCCCAAGGAGAAGGCAAAUGGCAAAGUGGGAAGGGUGUCCAGAUGAAGAGAGUCUGGCCUCCGACACGUACACCUGGUCUCCCAGGAGCCAUAGUAGAAUGAACUUUCCAUGUUCUGGGCCCCCAGUAACUGAAAAACAGCAUCUUUUCUAUGCCAUGAUGCACUUUUUUGGAGAAGCAUGUAGAUGAUAAAGACUAUGAAGUAUGUAUGUAGGUUUAGAUUUUUAGGACAUUCUUUUUUCUAGUCGUGUUUUGAUAUAUUUAGGUGUCCGGUGGUAUUCUUGGCCAUCAGAGUUCUCUGGCUAGGUUUAUAAAGACGUGGAAUGGGAAUGAAUUUGUCAGAGUCACAGACAGUUGCUUCUUCACAACAUAGACAUCUAGGACUGUGUGUAUGUGGACUGUGUGUGUGUGUGGACUGGGUGUAUGCGGGAGAGAUAUCAGCAUGAUGGGGCUAUGUCACUGGCCGGACAGACCAGGCUCACUGGAAAGGUCACCUUGUGUUUUAUCCUCCCGUACGGGGCUUGACGCUACUUCCGUCAUGAGAAGACAUUUGUUUUGUGGAUGCGGAGUGUCCUUCUCCCUUUUUUAACACACAUUUGUUUUUGGACGUAAGCCACAUAGUCGCAUCCCUGUUGUCACCCCCUGUGAAAGCUGGAUUCCUCAAUGCCCACGAAGAAGCUUAGCAUAAAUGCAACGUCCUCAUCGCCAGGGGGCCGUUUGUGCUGCACUGAUGUGUCUGCGUGUCACUCCAACAGUGUCUCCUUUUGACAUGAGUGUUGCUGGGGUACCCAUCGCAUUGCCCAAGGUCACGGAAUGGAGAAGCACAGCCCACCCUUGUGCUCGGAAGCCCUGCCUUUGCUUCUCCACUGUAGCUGGCUCCCUUAAGUAUUAAACAGCAGUAUUCUAAUAUCAACGUCCCUUUUUUAUUUGCUGUGACUUGCUGUGACUACGGCGAUUUUAGUUACAGUAAUUAGGUCACCCUUCAUGGAGUCAGGCUAUUUUAAGUGCCUCUUUAAGGAAUAUUGUUGCAGAUCAGUAAUUUUACAAUUGGAUGUUCUUGUGCAACUUUAUUAAAUGUAAUCUGUCUUUUAAAUGUUGCCCUUUUACAGUUAUACAUUUCUAAUUGUUGCUGUAAAUGCAUUAUCACUUUGAAAUUAAUUAAUUUUUCCAUUUUGGCUGCCUGCAGUAUAAUAAUCACUAAUGAGAAACUCAUAGGGAUUAAUCUCAGCACAGCGACCCCUGCUGGUAAGGCUGUGUCUUUGGCACCGCGUCCCCUUGAGGUCUGGAGGGUAGGCCAAGUGUUUGAGGAGUCUGUGGGGGAAGCGUUUGUUUCUUUUCCCUCCAACUUGUGUAAAAAUAAAAAUAAUUCAUACCAAUGGGAAUAGGAUUUUUUUUAAGUACUCUUUACACCCAUUGUGGGGCUUGAACUCACAACCCCCGAAUUAAGAGUCACAUGCUCUUCCUAUUGAACAAGCCAGGCGUCCGGCGAAUAGGAUUGUUUUAAAAUAUUGUUUAAAAAAUAUGCAGGACUCUAGUUCCUCUUGAAACAUCUUAAAGUUUGGUGGGAGCUUUUUGAUAAUGAAGCCACAUCCACCAUGGCUAUGUUAUACAUUAUUUUCUUGUCUCCCUAGCUUUCUUUUAUGCAAUUAACAUACUCUAAAAUUGUAUCUUGCAUAUGUGUGCAUGAAUAUAUACUGUAAGGAUAUAUAAAGUGCUCAUACCUUGGUAUUUCUCCAAGAAACUUAAUUCACAAAACCAGGCUUAUUGUAUUAUUGGGUGAUAGAAGAGAUUUCCAAUUUUGGCUAUUGGCAAUCGUUGCCAUUUGGUGACUUUAGACUCCUGCUGUGCCCCCAGGUAGGAUGUGACUUUGCACCUUAGUCCAGACCCUGUGAUGCUUUAAUUCCUCACAACGGUUCCACACAAUGCUAGAAUGAUUAUCCUCCCUGGUAGUCAAGGAACACAGAGAACUCACCCACCUUGCCUGGAGACCCUUCACCGGCUCCUCCCAAGUACAUUUGCCUUGUCUGAUGCACCACAGCGUCCCCACUGUGUAGAUCUCCUCGUGCUGUUAUUGUUUCCUUUUUAAAAUGCUUGAGAGUACCUUCAUGAACUUAACCCUCAGCCUUUUUUUUUUUUUUUUUUUUUUUUUGGUUUUUCUUUUUUUGCCCCACGUAAACUUUCAGUUCUGGUAAACAACACAUUAGCUCGAGUUCCUAGGUCCAAGCCAGCCCUUUGCGGAUCGGUAUGUAAAUUUGAAGCUGAGCUCUGUCACGUGCCUCUGAGGGUGUUUUGUGUGACCAAAUAUUUAUGUUGGCAGGUAACGGUAGAAAGAAUAUCAUGUGUUAGGGUAGCAGGAGCUUAGCAGAUGUUUUAGGGAGCUGCGUUUUCAAAUCAUUUUACAUUAAAAAAUGGCUCGAGUUUGUCGAACUUCUGGAAUGAUUGAGUUACGUUUUCUGUGGCCGUGUAGAGGCAGUCAUUGGGCUGAGUUUUAACAGAUGUGCGGCCACCCCGCUAAUGGAUGGAUCUGCACCACCGGUCCUGUUGCAAAGUUAUAAAUUAUAACUAGAAAAAGCACAAGAUGCCAUUCUUCUAACCUUCGCGAAAGCCAAGCUGGGUAAUUCUGCCCUUGAACGACCUGCCGCAGGGUGAUUUAUAGUUGUAUAAUUUAAAACAUAAUGAAGGAGAUAAUAGAUGUUGAUUUGUUCUUUAAAUUAGUGUUUUAGAAAAAUACUUCUCCUCCCCCCCCCCCCACUUUUAAAUACCUACAGCUGACUACACUCCAGAUAUUAUCAAGGACAAAGACCCGUUGGAAUCUUUACCCAUGCAUUGGAGGAGAAGGCAAGGGCCUUUUCCUGGGCUGGGAGGAGGAGAUAAAGUUUUCAAAGUAGAAAUUUCACAAUAUUCCUCACUAAUGUAAAUGCUGGGGGACUCCCGAGUGAGGGUUGAGUUCUCUGGCUGCUUUGCUUUUGCCAGUCCAGAUAUGUUAGAAAACUAAACUCCUACGACCCCGCCGUGGCUGGGCCGCACUUGACCUUUCCUGCAGAACCCCACAGGAGGACCUGUUGGCAGUGCUCUUCCUGCUGAGGUCACAUAGCCGCUAUCUCACACGUUCUGCUCGCUUUCCAGGAUUAUCAUUGGCAUUGGUUUUAUUAGUCACCUCUGAUUCCGUCCAGAGCUUGAAAGUUAACAGUGUUUGCUCAAGGUACAGCCCAAGGGAUAUGGUAGAGCAAAAAAGAGUAAAGCAUUUAGAACCAUUAGGACGGUAUUCAAAACUCAACGUUUCCACCUCUUGUAAUUAUAUAACUUUGAAAUGAUGCAUCCUUUGUGAGGUUCAUAUUCUACAUCAGUGUUCAUGUUUUGGGCUGUGAGUUAAUACUGCCCAAUUAAAAAUCUUUGGAAUAAUAUUGGUUUGUUUUUCUCAUGUAUCCAGAAAUCCAGGGGCUGUUAGGGGUGUGUUUGGCUACUUUUAGGCAGCUUCUUUGUGCUUGUGUUAGCUUUUCCCUCAUGCUUAUAAGAUGGCUGCUGUAGCAGCAACCAUUGCGUCCUACAUGAUGAGGUCUGAAGGCAGAAUGGGAGGGAUGGGACUCCUCCUUGCAUACCUCCCUUCUUUAUCAAGGAAGAGAACAUUCCAUCUCAGAGUAUUCCAUCUCAGAACUGUCUUCUGUAGCACUUUGCUUCAGCUCCCGCUGGCCAGGAUUCGGAGUCGCUUGUCCAUAGCCGUGAUGCAAGGGAGGCUGGGAAAGUGCAUUUCUGGCAUUUUGUGUCUCUAGGGUUGGAGGUGAGAUUGGUGGCAGAGAAAAUGGAUGGUACGAUGGCUUUUGAGCAGGCUCUGGUGAAUAAGUGUGCCUCUAGUUUUUCUCAUCUGUCAGGUGGGAAUCCUGUCUUUCUUAGGGGGUCACUGUGAAAGCAUGUGAGAAUUGAAUGAAAGGAGCAUGGCCUUGUCUGGUCCCCUUCUAUGCGGCGAGCUUUACCUCAAUCUCAUUAGAGCUCAUUCUCCUUCCUUCUCGAGGAUGCUGAAGCAUACUUCCUUUAGUCUAAAACCCUCCCUUUCCUCCAGGUCUAGUUACUUUCUACUCGUCCUUCAAAGCUCAAUCCAAACAUCACAGCCCAAGGAAGCAUUAGAUCAGAAUGUGGUCAAGACUCCCUUUCUGUGCCCUCCUAAGGGCUGGUUCUCAGAAUACUGUCUGACACGCAGUAGUCCUCCGUAAACAUGUGCCCAAUGAACGAAUGAAGGACGCCCAGAAAUUCUCCUACAGAUCACUGGAAACAAACACAAUUUAGAAAAAUAAUCUGUGCUGUUUUUGCAUUCACACCACUGUAUCCCUGGUCCAUAAAGUAAAUGCUCAGUAAAUAUUUGUAAGUGAAUAAAUGAAAGACGAUUAGGUGCUUAAUGAAUGACAGUCAUUAAGGCAUUCCUUAUCAUUACUCUAUCUGAGGAGGGCAGAGCACCGCAGUUCACAAUGUGCAGAUAGAGUAGCGGAUGAGGCUAGGGGGCCGGCCCGCAUCCCACAGCUAGUACGCAGGAGAGCUGGGACCAGAACCCAGGCCCCCCAGCCUCCCGGCCAAGUGCCGGAUAAGGGGUCUUCCAAAGGGGUGUGUGUGGAGGGAAACCCUAAGGAGAGAACCGGAAGGCGUGGGGAAGAGGCUGUAAAGCUGGGUGAGACCCUGGCUCUCCCUCCCACCUUACCUCUUGGGUACAUUUUCUAAGCUGAUUGAGAUUCAUGAACUGGAACGUUCGACCUACCUCAGGGGUUCUUGUUGAGAAUUGAAGGAGCUUAGGAAUACGCCGCAUCUAGAAUGUGCUCGAUGCUCAACAAACACUAAGUGGUAUAUCACUGUUACAACUGACACGCAUUGAGAAUUGACGAGCAGGACGACACAGCACACAGAACACGCUAGAUGCUCAAUAGAUAUUUAUUAUUGUCAUCAUCAUGUCUUCGGGCGAGUGACGGGUCCCUUCCCUUCCCCUCGAGUCGAUGUCUGUCCUCCCAGUGACGGCUCUGGGUCUGUUCCUGAAGGUCUCAUACCCCCGCGAGCACUGAGCACAGAAACACCCCCCACCAGCCCGAGGAACACUCAGAAUGGCCGCCGGGACCCGACGGGUUUCCGUGGUGCGUAUCGCAAGCCCUCCUGGCUGCCUGUUUGAAGCCACCAACUGCACACUUAGCUUUGAGGGAAGAUCAGCCCUUUCUUGUUGAAGACAAAGACCAGGGAAGUACGCGUGGCUCUGUGAGGCCACAGCCUCUCUUCCUGGCAUCUUCUCCGCCUGGCUUUUCAGCGUUUCAAGUCUGGUUAGGCCUUUGUUCCCGAAUGAGGACUCCGGGGGGGGGAGGGGGGGGAGUGACGAUCUGGCCUUAAUAUGUGUGACAAAUUAUUUAAUGAACAUUUAGCCAAGAUUUGAAAGUCCCCUAGUUUUAUCUUCCUCGCCUCCCUUUCUUCUGCACCCCUGCUGGCGUUUUGGUCACGCGUGGCCUCAUCCCCGCUCCCUCGCUAGCUCUUUCAUUGCUUUUAAGUCCGUGGUGCCGCCUUUGAUCCUCCCCUCUCAGUUUCCUUUUCUCCAAUUUCAUGCUUUUUUCCAGCGGGUUUUGGCUGGAGUGCAGUGUAGACGUCGGAGGCCAGCACGAUGAGACAGACGCCAGGAGCUUGCGUGGCCCCGUGACAGCACUUCUGCCACGUGUCCUCUGUGGACGUUGUUUUCUGUGUCACUCCCCGGACGCGCGGAUCGUUCCUUGGGAGGUGGGCGGUUCAUGUGCGUUUUUGGCAGCAAGGAAAAGAACUCAGAUCCCGUGUUCUGAGUUGUAGAGAAACUGAAACCCACACCUGCCCCCGCCCCUUCUUGAGACACUAAGAAAAUCAGUUCCGGUGGUCGUGUCACAUGCAAAGGUACUCGGGGCCAGGCUCCAGGCUCUGGGUCUUAAUUCUUUAUGUGCCUUGUCUCACUUAAUGCCCCAUCUUAGAGUUUGCUGUCAUCAGACAAUCGUGUGUCUCUGAGCACAUCAUUUGCCCUCUCUGCGCCUCAGUUGUGUCAUCUGUAAAAUGAGUCAGUUGACCAGAUUAGUCAAAUUAGUCCCAUGGCUUAUGUGGUUUACGGAUUUUAGAGAACGGGUAUAAUCUGAAAGGAAGUAAGAAAGGGAUACUAAGGUAGGUUCGUACCUUUUUAUCCCGAAAACAUGAAAAACAAACCCACCACCAUUGACUAUCAGCAUCGUUUUUUAAGGAAUGGGUAUUUUAACGCCAAAAAGUAUAAACAGGACCCAAUUGUGGACCCAAAAGCAGACCUCACAGUGGACAACGUUUGACUUCAGGAAAACUCCUGAUGGUGUCACUGCUGUGUUGUUCUUGAAAAUCCUGGGCCUGCCCUUGGGAAUGACCGGCCCAGAAGACCCCACAGGUCCAGACUUGCGGGAAAGCUAACUGCAUCUCACUUCAUUGUCAUGAACCUGAGGUGAGACCGUCAGAAAUGCAGACCUACCUAGCCUCCCCAGAGCUGAGUAAAGCACAGUGCAGGGACACGAGGUUUGAAUCUGGGUAUAAGCUGACCUAGUGUAGGUGAUCUUUUUCCCCCCACAAGCACCUGUCUCAGCCUGUGCACUUUUAUAAAUAUGACACCCCAUCUUCUUCCGUCCCGGUUUCUGUGGGUUUGGAACCCGGGGCAUGGCUUCACGGGGCUGCCUGCUUCCGGGUUGGCUCCCAGACCACACUUCCUGGGUGAGCCAGAUUGAAACCGUCUCAAGGCUCAUCUGGAGAGGGGUCCACUUCCAGGGUCCCGUGCUGGUUUGCAGGAUUCAGCUCCCUGUGGCCCAGUAGACUGGGGACUCUCUGGUUCCUCCCUGGCCAUGCGCUGGACGCCUCUUUCUCCCUUCCUUGCUGCCCAGGCCUCCCCACCGUGGCAGCUUGUUUCAUCAGAGCGCGGAAGCCGAGGAGGAAACAGUCUGUCAGCGUGAUGAAGUCCCAGUCCUUUGCAACCUUACCACAGAAGUGACACCUCACUACUUUUGCCCGUUCUGUUUGUUAGAAGCAAGUCCCUGGGUGGGACCCGCAUUCACAGAGAGAGGAUUUCACCGCGGCGUGGAGACCGGGAGGCAGGGAGCACUGUGAGGCUGUCACACUUUACAAGUCCAGUUUCGUUGGUUUUUUCCAGUGCCUUUUGGUGACAGAUUUGCUUCCAGGCUUCGCUAUUUCCUGGCCUUGUGCCAUGGCAGUCCUUACUGACACGCUUCUGUCUGCCUUGCUGUUCUGCUCGGGUCCUUUCUACGUUCUUGUCUUCUUCCCUCUUUCUGGGCUGCAAGAGGUACCAGAUGCCCCCACUUUGUUUUUUUAUAUAUUUAUGCAUUUCUGCCUCAUGGUGGGAGAUAAGAUUUAGUCUUUUAAUAAGAGAGCUUAUGGAAAAAAUAAAGAAACGUGUGGAUUAUGUUUCCAAAAGUCAAGUAUUUAUUUUCUUGCUUCUUUAGUAGAGGGGGCCGUGUUAAUCGAUGGCCCAAAUUUUCUUCCUAAAGAAACGUGUGUUGCCGAGUUUUGAUUCAAGUUUCAAAAAUUGGCCAGAGAACUUGGACUUUUUUUUUUUUUAAAGCCAUAAAGCUAGAUAAAAUUCAGCGAUCAUUUCAAAGUCCACGUAGAAUAUUAUUCUUGUUACAGUCUAUGUAUAGUCUCUAGGAUUUGUUGUUUUGGUUUUGGGGUUUAUUAUUAUUAUUUUUUUCAGCAGCAAUGUAAGGGGAAGAAGCACUUUCAUUUUGCUGUUUUCAGAAAAUAUUGUAGAGAUUGAUUUUGAAUGUGUUCAUGUUAUAAAACCUCUCCUUUAGAAAGUAUAAUAAGUAAAAUAUCUUAGUAAUAUUCUAAUAUUCCCCUGUGAAAUAUCAUGCUUUUUUUCUCUUUUUUUUUUUUUUUUACUAAGAUGGGGCUUUUGUUUCGCCACAUACUGCCUUCUACACCGCUUGAGACAUUUCAUCUCCAAGUUUCAUAGGAUGGGGUCUCUUUAAUCAUUUACAUUUUGAAAAAAAAAAAAGAAAGUGAAAUAUUCUUUAAGAAGCCAAAGUAAUCCACGGGAAUGUAUGGUGUUUGUUCAGCUGGAUAUGUUAUUUAUUUGAAGUACUGAGAGAAAUCUCUUCUGACUGCUCAAAAAAGGGAAGAAUAAACAGUAAGAGUGUCCAAGUAAUCUGAGCUAGAAGGUCCCUCCUUUCACAGAAAAGUUAUAAAAAGUAUAUUCGCCAGAUCCAAAAAAAAUACUGUGUAUCAACUACUGAGACCUGCACAAUGUUUUCUUAGUAUUCUCACUCUUCAGAAGAAAGAAAAAAAAAAAACAA